AACAUAUAUGACACCUAAACACUAUCUUACCGACAAGAAACCCUGUUUUUUCGACUGGCAACUGCAAACACACUAGAAAUUCAAUAAGCGUGGCUGAGGUGGAGCAAAGUGUUAAAAGUUACAAAUUUCCCUUGCGAAGAAAACAUUUUUUGUAGACCAAAAAAAGAAAAAAGAGCGAGAAGAAAAAACCGACCCACAGAGAAAAAACUGUUCAGAUUGAUUUGCAGAAAAAUGAGCAGCUCCGAGGAAGUAUCCUGGGUAACAUGGUUCUGUGGACUCCGUGGAAAUGAAUUCUUUUGUGAGGUUGAUGAAGACUACAUUCAGGACAAGUUUAAUUUGACUGGAUUAAAUGAACAAGUCCCUAACUACAGACAGGCUCUCGAUAUGAUUUUGGAUCUUGAACCAGAGGACGAACUCGAAGAUAACCCCCAUCAAUCGGAUAUGACUGAACAAGCAGCUGAAAUGCUCUACGGCUUAAUCCACUGUAGGUACAUUUUGACAAAUCGUGGAAUAGCCCAGAUGAUAGAGAAAUAUCAAACUGGAGACUUUGGUCAUUGUCCACGUGUUUAUUGUGAAAGUCAACCAAUGCUUCCACUAGGCCUUUCUGAUAUUCCCGGCGAAGCAAUGGUGAAAACAUAUUGCCCCAAAUGCAUUGAUGUUUACACACCAAAGUCAUCACGUCACCAUCACACAGAUGGUGCAUACUUCGGCACUGGCUUCCCCCAUAUGCUAUUUAUGGUUCAUCCAGAAUAUCGCCCAAAGCGACCCACCAACCAAUUUGUUCCAAGACUUUAUGGAUUCAAAAUACACAGCUUAGCUUAUCAAAUUCAACUGCAAGCCGCAGCUAACUUUAAAAUGCCACUUCGAGCGCGUGGUCCACAAAAGGACGAAGAAGGCGAGGCUAACGACCGUCCAAAUCGCAUAUAGAAAGAAUAUUGUUACUAAGGUACCCACACAUAAAUGUAUAGGAGAAAAGGGAAAGAGAAUAUAUAAUAAUUUUUAUAUUGGCCACGCUUGUAAUAUUUAAAUAAAAAAACGUAUAUCUCUUAAAAUAUUUAAUUUAAAAUGACACAUCAUUCGCUUGAUUCAAAAUAAAUAUUAUUUUUUUGUUUCAUCCUA